AUGGACCCUCUUUCCAUAAUAGCAAGCGUUGUAGGUGUUGCGACUGCCGCGCUGGAAAGCUCGGUCGCACUUCAUAAUGUCCUCAAGGCUAUUCAAAACGCCCCUCGCGAUAUCAAGAAGCUAUCUGGCGAGACCGAAGAGCUGUCUUCUAUUAUCGCGUCAUUACAGUCAACACUCAAAGACGAAGACCAGAAGCAAGCACUGCGAAACAAUGAUCGUAUCAUCAAGUCGCUGGAACAGCUGGAAGGUCCUUUGAAGAGUUUCUCGGAGAUCAAUGGGAAGAUUGAGAGUACUCUAAGGCCUUAUCUCAAGUUGACGGAUGAUGGGAGGAGUUGGAAGAUCUCGGAUUUGAAGUGGCUGUGGGCUAAGGGCGGCAUCAAUGAACUUUUGGAGGGCUUUCAGCGUAGCAAGCAAACGCUCAACCUCCAUAUGAGCAAUGUAACUAUGCAGUGUACUCUCCUUCUCACCGCCUAUGACGCUGGCUCCCGACCAGAGAGACCGAGAGUAAACCGCCAAGACUCUACAAGCACGAAUGUCGGUGGCGCACUGAAGAAAUACGUGGCCGAAACGCUCGAUGGGGCAUCAGAAGGCUCGUUCGAGGCAGGACGAUAUAAAAAGUACGACGCAGCAGCUCCAGUUCUCGAGAAUCGAGACUCCACGGCGGACAUCACUAAGCGCAUGGAGAAGCUUAGCCUUCAGCGGAUAGCACUCUUUGACGCCGCUAAAGACGGACAGCACGAAAUUGUCAGACUGUUACUCCAAGACGGCAUGGAUGUCAACGCGAUAGCCCGAGAUGGCCAAACGGCCUUGCAUCUCUCCGCCGAGUACGGCCACGAAGCUGUUACGCAAACAUUGAUAGAAUACGGCGCUAAAAUCGACCUGAGAAUGCUCCCCGGCAAGGCCGACAAGAAUGGGAACUGCCCAGGUGGCAGAAAUCCACUGCACUACGCAGCACUGAACGGGCAUUUAGGCAUCAUCAACGUACUACUAGAUCAUGGAGCAGACGCUUCGCCGCAGAGCACAAAUCUCAGGACACCUCUACAAGAGGCAAUAGCAGAGGAUCGUACUGCGGUAGCCAUGCUGCUGAUCAAGCGCGGUGCAAGCUCAAAAACAUGCGAUCGCGAGGGCUGGACGCCAUUGCAUUGCGCCGCUUACAAAAAAAACCUUGAUAUCGUAAAGGCACUCAUUGCCAAUGGUGCAGAUGUUGAGGCUAGAACAUCUGAUUGGAAUGUCAAGGGCAAAGAGCGCUGGCGGCGUACUACUCCUCUCUUUCUGGCUGUCUGGAACGGUCAAAUCGGUGUUGUGCAAGCGCUGCUGGAUGCAGACGCGGAUCCUAGGGCUGAUAUCUCGGAUGGCGCUACUUGUGUUCAUGCUGCUGUCUAUGGGAACCGGAGGGGGCCGUGGAUUGCUGGUAUGCUACUUGAUGCGGAUGCGAAGCGCGAUGGCAGACAUGAUAUCGCGCUGAUCAAUAUGAAGAAAUUGGAUGGUAACACCGCACUACAUGUUGCGGCUGCCAAGGGUCAUGUUGAUAUGGUUGAGCUGCUGUUGAAGAAGGGGGCCGAUGCGAAGGCUGUGAAUGGGCUUGGGAGAGACGUGUUGCAGCAUGCGAAAACGGUAAAGAAGAAUGAAGCUGUGGUGAGCUUGCUAGAAGAACAUGUUUCCAGGUCGAAGAAGGCGAAGGGGAUAAAAACGAAACAGAAGAGCAAAGGAGGUAGUCACGAAAACCUUACUAUUGAACCAGCGGACGCCAGCGUUGACCCCACUAAACGCCAACAUAGCAGGCAACGCAGCUCGGCUUGUUGA